AUGGCCUCCGAUUCCAAACUCCGUAAGUAUUUGACAGUUUAUGUACAUUAUAAUGGUUUAUUUGCACCAAAACCAUUAGUGUACUUGAACUCUGUUGUUGUUUCAAUCGCUGAUGUUGAUUUUGGUGGAAUGGAUCUCAAAGAUUUUAGGUUGUUCAUUGAAAAGUUGAUUGAAGGCAGUUGCGAUAAUGUAUAUUAUUGCACUAGAAAUGAACCAUUGGCAGAGGGUAUUAGGAGAAUUGGGAAUGAUGCUGACUACUAUGAGUUUAUUGAAACGGGUUAUAGUGAUGAAGUUGGUCUAACAAUGAAUGUGUAUAUAGACCACGAAAAUGAACCUGUACUUAAUUGGGCUGAUAUGGAAGUAGUAGAAGAUGAUGAAGGGCAUUAUUCUGAGCCAGACGUGGAUGAUGAUAAAGAGUCACAACUUUCUGAUGAUAUUCCAUAUGAGCAUGAAGCAGAUGGUUACAUUCCUUCUCUUGACAAAACUAUUGGUGAUGAAUUCUUACACCGGGUGUCAGGUAUUUCUAAGGAUAAAAAUGAUGAGCUUGAAACUGAUGAGGUUGAAACCAACAAUGGGGAUGACAAACCAGUGUUCCCUGUCCAUAAUGAGAACUAG